UCUCAUUCCCUCUUCAGCAACAACUAUGAAUACCUUAAAUCGGUUCAGCAACUUCACUUCUACCAUCUAUAAAACCGAUUCCAAAUUCCCAGAGCGGCGGAAUUCUCUCAAGAUCCUAAUUUCUUAUUUUUUGGGUAUAAAGAAAACUAGGGUUUGGAGAAAUUUAUACGUUUACUUUUGGUUAAUGCAACAAAAAUCAAUCAGAGAUCAAAUAAAAAAAUAAUCGAGUUUGAGAGAUACCAGCAUGGGUGAACAGAGUGAGAUAAAAAAAAGGAUUGACUUCCUGAUAGAGAUGUACAUUCCUCGGUUGGACAUCAUGCUUGCUUGGUUGCGUCCCAGAAUUGAGCAGCUACCUUCAGAGAAUUUUCCAUUUCAUAUGCUGCCUGAAGAAAUUGAGUUUCUCCGUAAGUUCGUAGUAGGCUUGGAAAAAGAACAAUCUUUCUUGCAAAGAUCACAAAAUUACUGUCAGUACUCUAUGGAUGCCGUGAUUCGUUGGGAGAAACGACUUGUUGGAAAUAUGAAUAUGCCGAAUCUCAUGGCAGCUUUACAAUUACCGUUGUUGCAAAUUCCUCAACUGAAAUCCGGAACACCUUUGCAGUCUACAAAUUUACCUUCCUCUACACUUUCUUCUUGUACAACUUUGGCUUCAUCUGAUACACCAGCAUCAGUAGAUACUAUAAGUUCUAGUGGUACAAGCGUAGAUGAGCUGACUGAGAUAACGAAUAAGUAUAAUUUCAUGAAAGAAGCGUACAUUCCUCUGUUGGACGAAAUGCUUAGGCGGUUGGGUUGCAGAAUUCAGCAGCUACCUAUUUCUUCAGAAAAUCUUCCCUCUCAUCUGGAGCCUGAUGAGAUUGUGUAUAUCAAAAAGUAUAAAACAGAUUUGGAAAAAGCACGAUAUAUGUUGCAAAUAUCGCAAGGUCCUCGUGGGUUUAUGGAAGAUGUAAUUAUUUGGGAGAAACAAUUUGGUAGAUAUCUGAAUUUGCCGAAUGUCAUGGCAGCUAUUCAAUUACCUGGUGACCUAUUGUCGCAGUUGCAAAACCCUCAACUGAAACAGCAUGACAGCAACCAGAACAAUCCGGAGAAGUCAGUUUCAACACUAACACCUAUAGAACGAUUAGUUAGAGCGGUAGAUAUAUCGUCACCUAAAGCAUUAAGUGCGGCGAUCAAUGACAUUCGUUCAGUAGUCAGUAUGACUGAUGUAUUUGCUGGAGCAGGAGCACACCCUGGCGAAGGAGGAGCUAGAUCUUUUUUUCAUGAAAACUUAUCGUCUACCACAAGUGGUCAUGUCGAACGUAGAAAUUUCAAAGUAAUAAAGAAUGUAGACGAGAAGACACUGAAGCAGUGCUAUUCAGUUGAAAGCUCAUCCGGAUUUGAGGUGAAUCAUGUCCUUGUGGAAGAAGUCGGAGAGAUGAACUAUGUGCUGAUCAAUACAAAACUGAGUAUUAGUGACAAGAGUAUCACUCUGGCGUCAGGUGCAGGUGAAGAUGUUGAAGGAAUGAUUAUCAACUGUACAUUCAGCCCAAUAUCUCGCAGUUCAAGUACUGAAAAGUUUCCUGCUCUACCGAUGUGGUUUUUAAUCCCUGCAAAUGAUCCCUUGUGUACCCCUGUACCAUUAGAUUGUGUACACGACAGUCAGAGUCACGAUUACGCAUACGAAUAUCUGUUAGCAGAUGCAAAGAAUAAGUUCUAUCAAUCCCUCCGCUGGAUCCCUGAACUAACUCUUAUGGAGAUGGCCGAGAGUUGGGAUCGUUGUGCUGAUGCAGCAUAUUCUGAUCAUGCCAGAAGAAUGGAGAAGUAAAGCUUUAGUUCCUGAUUCGGUACUUUGGGAGAAUGAAUUAGAACUUACACUGUAUUCUUUUUUGCAAUUUCAGUUUCUGUAUAUGCUGCUACGGUUCCUUGUAAAUAACUGCAAAAAGUUGUUUUGAAACAGUCAAGUAGUUAAGAGUGUACACAGUUGGUGGGUGUUGGAAAACAUA